AGGCCUGGACGUCACAGACAGCAGAAGGUCAAGAAGUGUCUGGGAGACAAAAAGUCUAAGCAGUUUGAAGAGGUGGAAACUACUGUCCUAGGACUGAACAGUAGCUAUGAGGAGACUGUCAGCAACACUUCUUCUGCCUCACCGAAGGGUCAAGUGAACGGAAGUGCAGAGUCCAGAAGCAAGCGCACUAUUCGCAGGCCUGCUUACUGGUUGGAAAUGAGAGGAGUAAAAAACAGCGUUAACAAAUCUUCAGAAAAAAAAGCAGAAGUGCUACUGAAAGGGAAGAGGAAAUCUGAGCAAGAGGAAGAUGACGAUCUUAAAGACUCUCCCAAGAAGAAGCAGAAGAUUGCAGGAAAAAAACAGCAAGCUGGAACACAACAAAACUCCAAAACGAAAAGCCACAGUGUUCAGAAAGAACCAGAAGCCUAUGGCGCAGGUAGUAUGGAAGAAAAAUGGUCUUUGGAAAUUCAGGACAAAGGCCGAGUUACCUGUCCCACGUGCCGGGCUGUGGUGAGGAAGACGGUAGAAGGACUGAAGAAACAUAUGGUAAAUUGCAGGCAGGAAAUGUUCACGUGUCAUCACUGUGGGAAGCAGCUGAAGUCUUUAGGAGGGAUGAAAUACCAUGUCAUGGCAGGCCAUAACAACCAGCCAGUUAUGAAGGAGGGAGGAGAAUUGGAUGAGCAGCUUGAGCGAGAUCGGCUUCGGAAGGUUCUGAAGCGUAUGGGAAAACUGAAGUGUACAAAGGAGGGCUGCACAGGCAGCUUCACGAGCAUAAUGGGAUACCUAUAUCAUGUUAAAAAGUGUGGGAAGGCUGCUUCUGAGCUGGAGAAAAUGGCUAUGAAGUGCCAUCACUGUGGAAAAGCAUACAAAUCAAAAGCAGGACUUGUCUACCAUCUGCGAUCUAAGCACGGGCCAGUCACUUUCCUCCAUGAGGAGAGAAGAACAGAGAGCUUGAAGGAAACAAAACGGGAGCCAAACAAUGCAGGCAGAGUUCAGAGGAAAUCUGCAAAGGUGGCAAUCUACUAUCUCCAUGAGCUGGCUGGAGAAGAGCUGGCCAAAGAGUGGCCCAAGAGAAAAGUUCUGCAGGACUUGAUUCCAGAUGACCGGAAGCUGAAAUACACUCGUCCUGGACUGCCCACAUUUAGUCAAGAUGUGCUGUGCAAAUGGAAAACAGAGAUAAAGAUGUACCGAAGAGUCCACUGCCCAAAUCAGGGUUGUGAAUCUGUAUAUGGCAGUGUCUCAGGACUCAAAUCUCACCUUGGCACCUGUACCUUGGGAGACUUUGUGGCUGGUAAAUACAAGUGUCUCUUGUGUGAGAAGGAGUUCAUUUCAGAGAGCGGGGUGAAGUAUCACAUCAACUCCAUGCAUGCUGAGGACUGGUUUGAUGUGAACACAACUACUACCAAAAGCUUUGAGAAGCUGAUGAAAAUCCGCCAAAGAGAAGAGCAGAAGAAGCAACGGAAAAAACGUCCUUUGACCCGGGGCAAAAAGAAGAGAACUGGGGCCCUGGCUGCCAAGAAGAUCCCCACUGCAGGACCUGAGAAAAUCAGGAGAAGUAAGAGAGGUCGUCCACGGCGGGUGGACAAUGAGAGCGCAAGCAGUGAGGAAGGGGAGCCCCAAGUUGCACAGAGAGCCGAAUUUCCGAAAACUAGCCGCAAGCGAGGCCGGAAAUAGAUUCCCAGAAGAAAAGGAGUAAUCCUAAAGCUUUUCAGUCACAAGCCACACUUCUGUCAGACUCAUAACCCACAGCACUAACGUAAGCGACCGAAUGUCUUUGGGACUGUGACUCCUUUCUACUCCGUGACCUUGAUUUUGAAACUGUUGCCUCUGGUCAGUUGUGAGAGACUUCUAACCAAAGCUGUGGUGCAGAGGCUGCCUCUCCUGGUGUAGUUC